AUGCAACCCAUUAUCCGCGAUUCCGAGGACGAAGACGAUGAGGAGUUCCUCAUUCCUGAAGAUCAUGCUGUCACCAAGCCAAGUCAGCAAAGCAACAGUUCUUGGAUGGUCGCGACUGUAGACGAAAUUCUCGCUCAACACACAUCGCAGGGAAGCGAACGCGCUGAUCGAAGCAGCCUGUCUACUCGAAAUCUACAGAGACAAAUCGCGGAUGCCGGCCGUGGCCUCUUCGACUCAACCUCAGAUCAGGUUACGAUGGAGGAACAUGCGUCGAAUACUUCUUCCACUCCAACGGCGAAGAAUGGUCGCCGGCAUAGCGCUGUUACCGGAUCUACCAGCUCUGCGAAGGCGACUGUCAAGCGUACCAAGACUGGCAUCAUCACAUACGGAUCAAGCAAGAACACCCGGCCCAGGGAAACCGACAACUUCGGUGCUUUUCAGGAAGAACCACUUCCAGGGACUUUACAGACAGACUUCGCAAAUCAUGAGCCUACCAUCAUGUUCAGAGAUACUGGGAGCACCGUUGCGGACAAUGAAUCAUCUCAGCAGCGUAUGCUCGAACAGACCAUCAAUCAAGGCAAACAGCUGUCAAAUGCAGCCGACCAGAAACUCAUAGACUCCGACAAGCUAGAAAGUUCACCAUUUCCAUGGACCGAGUCCUCAGUGCCAACACAGACGCCUGGUCGCAUUGUGAACAAGCAACAGCUGCAAGAACAGGACAUGGUGUGUGAAAAUGUCGAGACUCACACAAAUUCACGGCCUGACAUUGUGGUCCGUUCUGAGGCCUCCAUUGCCGAUCAGAGCGGCACUGUAGCCAGGGACGGCGCUGGGUUGCAAGAACAGGUUCAUGGCUCAAAUUCACCAGAUCCAACAGGAGGGGCGAACAGCCUUGUCUCGGUUGAUGCUCCAGUCUCUCGAAAACAGUCGCCGCCAGUUCACUUGGAAGAAGCUCAAAUCGUUGCCAAGGGUCCGUCUCAGCCAGCGAAGGCACAAGAGCCUCCGAACUCAAGCCCACAAGUUUCCAUACCACGUGUGCGUCUCAAGUCAAACAAUCAGGCAUCAUCUCGUACAGACGAUGUUCCCAAAGGUCGAAAGCGGAAGGCAAGUACGGCCGCAACUCAGCCAUUGAACUCAGACGACCGGGCAAUCGGCCUUCCGAAGGAGCUUUAUCAACCUCGACCGAGCCGUCGGAGAGCGACUGGUCUCGUUGAACAGCCGCAAGACUUCUCUAUCAUCCCAGAGAAGGCGGCGAAGAGACGAAGGAAGACCGCGAUUGCAACAUCUGCUACCCCUGAGAUCGCCGAGGACGAGCUUGCCACUGAUAUAACGACCGCCCCACAAGCUGGAGCCGCGCUCAAGAGCAACAAUUUGACAGGCUCUGGUGCAAGGACUGUUGAACCUGCAACGACGAAUACUGUUCAAGCAGUGGAAGAGAAGCCUCAGCCCGGUCGAGGAGAAGUCAGAGCGCUUCUAAAGGACCUUGACUUCCCACUGACCACAACGUCCUUCGAUGCUGCAAGAACAGAGAUUCUCUCGCCGACGAAAGAUGCGUCUCCUCUCUCUGUAAAAAGAAUUUCCGCGGUGGCCAAGAUUUCAAUGGCCCCGCCUUCCUCCCCAGCCAUAUCAACAUCACCAACCAAGAGGAUUUCAAAUGCCGCCGCAGCCUCCGCCAUGCCGCCUCCUAGUUCUUCCGCUAAGAGGACAUCAAGACGAAGUCACACUACCAUCUUUGAAGACCACGUCGAAUUUGCCGGAUCGCAGCAACGUUCUCCAAGUCUUCGCCAGCAACAGGCGAGCAGAAAAUCGGCGGCGCUCGAAGAGGUCAAGCACAUAUCGACGCAGGGCGCGCGCCGCAAGCGACGGACGAUUUUGCGAGACGAGGCGGACGAUGAAGACGGUGAGGACGAAUUAGUCCAAGAUACCGUGGCCGAAGUGCCCGUGUCGAAGAAGCGUGGUCGCCCUGCCAAAGCGGCUGCAAAGAAGCUGUCCCCUGCAGAUCGAGUGCUCCAGGAUUCUGAUGCCGAAUCGGACGAUGAGGAAAUCGUCGAACCUCCGAAGAAGGAAGGCCGUGCAGUCAAAGCAGCUUCUGCAAAGUCAGUCAAGUCUGCCGGCAGAGUGCUGGAGGAUUCCGAGGGCGAGUUCGACGAGCACGAAAUCGAGGACGAGGGGCCAGCGAAGAAGAAAGCAGGUGGUCGGGCGUCACAAGCUACUGCCGUAGCGACGAAAGAGACAUCGGCGUCUGCUGCCGCUGGGAAGACCAGUUCGCGGCGGGGUUCAAUCGCCUCCAACCGGCCAGCUACUCCUCCAUCUCAAGAGCAGACACUACCUCUGACGAAGCAGGACGCUGCUGCCAAGUCUGCUGCGCCGACAAAAGCAGCGCCAACUACCCACACGCCCAUCAAGACAACUUCAAAGAUCAUUCACAGAGUUGGUCUGAACAGAAAACAGCGCGUGCAACCUCUACUCAAGAUGGUGCGACCUCCAGUUGCGCGACCUCCGCCGCCAGCGAAGAAACGUUGA